AAGCGGCAUUUUCAAGCCCUACACCACUUCCAGCUGCUUCGCGGUUACUGGAACUCCUGGACCACAUUUUCAAAGAGACUGGCCCGGGAAUUGGGCCAGACUCACCACUGCCGUCAGAGGGUAGAACAGAUCGGGGUGAGCCGGCCACCGAGGAGAAAUCAGUUUCGCUAUCCAGUGGCCCGAUGGCGGACGGUUCAGAACCUGACGCGGGAUUGUCCACCGCCGGCGGACAUGAUUUUGUGUCCACCGCCAGCGGACAUGAUUUUGUGUCGUUCCCGAGUGGUGAAAGGCCCACGGGACCAAGUCCAAUAGGAAGCCCCACCCCUCUGUUAUCUCGGUUAUCAUCCGUCUCGUCUCUUUCUGACACCACCCCGUAUCCCUCUUCAGCCGCGUCGAACGAUCUCCAAGCAAUAGAGAUAGUGCAUGGGCCAUCGCAGCAACAGGAAGCAAACCCGAUUCCACGGCCGGAGGAACCGAAACCGGCGCCAGGUUCGCUGUCUCCCGUUUUGGAUGAAGCACACAUCUCGGUGGCAGAGUCGCAGAUCGAACAGGGGGCUACCAGGUUACCUAUCGACCCUGGAUGGACUCCCAAAGACCAAGGACAUACGGCCCAUGAUCAACAACCGGAGGGCGAGCACCCACGGAGAGAACAGCAAGGGAGCAGCCGUCGGUCGUGGGGACAAGAGAAAAGAGGACGGCCUCCGAGCGAAGACGAGGAGACGACAACACACGGGAGGACGGCAAACUCUCUCCGGCCAAGUCGCAAAAGGUUCCGACAGCAAGGAGAUGGCACGCGUCACCGGUCAGCAGACGAGGAGAGCGUUUGGUCACAGAGAUCCGAGUAUGCCAGGGAAGACGGGAGGCAGACACCGCGCCGCCUGGAAUACGGAGGAGAGGAGACGGGGGACACUGUCCAGUCCACCGGCGCUGAAUUGGUGCCCCAUGGAAGAACUGACGGGAGAGGGGACGUGUCUCGAGAACCAAGUAUACAGCCGUCGACAGAAGGAAGCAAUGAGCGGUGGGCUGUGGUCCCAUAUCGUGGCGAGACAACGACGGCUAAAGAUAUCGCCGGACGCGGUGAGCCGCAAGCUCAAAAUGCUCUUCAGCGUCGACACAUUUCAAGAGCAGUCGCCCGAAAUCGGCCCUGGUCACACGGAGACAUGGAUGGCGGGCCUGGCUGGCUACCGAGCUCAGAGGAACGUCCUAUCGAGCCGCGGGUGGAAGAGAAAACAGACCGCAGCCUAGUAGUUUGGGAUUCGCCGUCUGCUCCGCAAACGGGGACCCCCAGUGGGGGAUUUCAGGUGCAAGUUCCUCUCGCGUCCAGGGAUGUAGGCUGGGAUGCCGUCAGCCUCGGAGGUCAGGGAGCGCCGCCGCUCUAUCCCCAACCUUUUGGAGAGCCCCAACCUUUUGGAGAGCCGCCAAGACGCCCACGACGGCGAAGAGAAGACCCUCCCAGUCCGCCACAGCGGCCCAACCGAGCGGUAAUUCCCCCACCACGGAUCGGCGGAAGAGAUGAACCCGGUCACGGUGAGCAGGGGAGGAGACAGUCGACUUUGACCUGGCACGACCCACCCGAGGACGCAGAAAGGGUCUCCCCCCGGCCAUUAUCAGAAGCUGGAUCCAACGCGCCGCCGAGACGACAAGGGACCCCUCGUCAGCCGACAGCUGAAGAAGCCAACAGCAGCGAAAAUCGAAGAGACUCUGGCUAUGUGCGCCGCCCGCCACCGUUGAGCGAGCUCCCCCGCAGCGCAUCGGCGAAGCCAGAACACGAAAGAAAGGAGGAGAAGUCUGCGGUUGUCAUUAACAACCACCACCAAUCAACCCAUGUCAAUAUCCAUCUACCUUACCCAUUGGCUGGGACGGGUUCGUCGACUGCCGCGGGGGACGUGAAGCCCAAGGCGCCAACGCCGCCCCCAGCCAUUCCAUCUCAUGCUCAACCGGCACCCGCGGACUACGAUCCCGUGCCCCAACAGAGACAGCCCGCUCCGCUACCUCCCAUGGAAAUUCUAAGCCAGCCGACGGCCAUGACGCCGAUGGAGAUUGAUGCUGACGAAUCCCCCGACAAGCCGGAAAAGGGACGCGCCAGGCAGUUUGUGGACGACUAUGUCUGCUGCUUCUGCGGGUGUCCGUGCUGCGAUAAGCUGUGCUCUACUCUGCGGUGCGCCGUCAUGUGAGUGAGUGGAUGUCCACGGGGGGAUACAAUCUUGGCUGAGGAUGUGGCUGCUUGAUGGUAUUUCGAUGGGGGUUGUCAGUGACGGCUUUCGGCUCUUCCUCUCCCACUCCUCCCUCCCACUCCUCCCCCUCCACUCCUCCCCCCUUUUUUUCUCUUCGUCUUUCCCCCACCCUUUACUUGACUAUUUCCAGCACUAUUAUUUGUUGUUUAUUGCAGUAUGGUCGGUCGGCGUCCUUUCUUCUAUUUUCUUGUUUGUUCUUAGCAUGGCCGUUCUCUUUUGUCGUCUUGUGUCGUCUUGUGUCUGUCUUAGUGUCUAUCUUACUUUCCUUUGUUCUUUUUCGUCUUUUUCUUCUUCUUUUCCCCUUUGUUAGUC